GGGGCUUGGAAUGGGAAAAAAAGGGCGUUUCCCUCCCUGACAAUGAACGCUAUUAUGUUGAUUUUAAUGACAGCAGGGAAUUCUAAUAUUGGAGCCGGUAACACAACUAGGAGGGGAGGAGAAAGCAGCGCAGGACCAACCAGCGCAGGCGAGAAGUCACAUGGGCACUGUCUUAUGAUGCUAAAAUUGCAGAUAGAUGCUUGCGGAUGUCAGGUUGCAAGGAGGAAACAUGUGUCGGUAGCAACGUUGUUGCCAGCUCAUUGUAUCCAAUUGCGGCGUCUUUGAAAUUGACACAAGUUCGUUGUUAAUUGCACAGAGGAAAACUCUCGCGUUUCUUUUUUUUACCGAUUCCCUCCCGCUGUAUGGGUGUUUCUUUUAUUGUAGCAUACAGCCCCCGUUCACCAUGUCCAGCGAGACCUCUCCUCUCCUCAACUACCGCCUGUACAAUGUGGCGGGCGGGGGAUUCGCCGAGAGUUGCGCCGCUCUACCGACAGAGGAGAUUGCCAUCUGCAGCAGCGGCUCGCAACCCGACGACAGCAGGAAGCUUUCGACUUUUUUCGGGGUCGUGGUACCGACCGUCCUAUCCAUGUUCAGCAUCGUGAUCUUCAUGCGAGUUGGUUUUGUCAUUGGCCAGGCAGGAUUCCUCGAGUCGCUGCUCAUGCUGGUAGUGGCCUACAUCAUCAUUAGCCUGACGGUGCUAUCGGUGUGUGCAAUCUCCACCAACGGAGCAGUGAGAGGUGGUGGAGCUUACUUUAUGAUCAGCCGGACGUUGGGUCCAGAGUUUGGUGGGAGCAUUGGGCUGAUGUUCUUCCUUGCGAACGUCUGUUCCUGUGCGGUUUAUAUUCUGGGAAUGGUGGAGGCUAUUCUGGAUGUAUUCGGACAGCUCCCAAAUGCAGCAGAAACAGACCACCGAGGUAUCCAUGUGCUCCCACAGAGCUAUCUCUAUGACGUCCUCUAUGCCUCGAGUAUCCUACUACUUUGCCUGCUGGUCUGCCUGGUCGGGGCCCAGAUCUAUGCCAAGACCAGCUUCCUGAUAUUCCUCAUGGUCCACAUUGUGCUCAUCACCAUCUUCAUCAGUUUCUUUGCGGUGAGCCCCAAGACUGUCUGGAUUGUUAAACAGUCUGGCAACACCAGCCAAAUCAUCCACACCAAUUACACGGGCUUCAACCUGGCUACAUUGCAGCGGAACCUCAUGGAUAACUACUCUGUAGAUUACACCACUGGCACCCUCAUGACAUUUGCAACAGUGUUUGCAGUGAUGUUUAAUGGCUGCACUGGCAUAAUGGCUGGAUCCAACAUGUCCGGGGAUUUGAAGAAUCCAAGCUAUGCCAUUCCCAAAGGGACGAUCAUUGCGGUGAUCUACACCCUGCUGGUGUAUCUACUGCUCUUCCUCAUGGUCAGCUUCACCUGUGACAGGAUGCUACUGCAAGGAGAUUACGGCUUCUUCCGGCAAAUCAACAUCUGGCCACCAUUUGUUGUCAUUGGAGUGUACGCGGCCUCCCUCUCUGCCUCAAUGAGCACUCUGAUAGGAGCAUCGCGCAUCCUACAUGCCCUGGCCAGGGAUGACCUGUUUGGCAUAUUGCUGUCCCCUGCAAAAAGAACCUCCAAGACUGGAAACCCCUGGAUUGCUGUCCUCUACACCUGGUUCUUAGUUCAGUUGGUGCUGUUCGCAGGGAAGCUGAACACCAUCGCUGGGAUCGUCACCAUCUUCUUCCUGAUGGCCUAUGCUGCUGUUGACCUGGCUUGCUUAUCCCUGGAAUGGGCCUCUGCUCCCAACUUCAGGCCGACCUUUCAGCUCUUCAGUUGGCACACGUGUUUGCUGGGGAUCAUUGGUUGCUUGGUGAUGAUGUUCCUGAUCAAUCCGGUCUAUGCCUCCUGUGGGAUUGUCCUGAUGCUGAUCCUGCUGGUGGUCAUCCAUUACCGGUCUCCCACCAGCAGUUGGGGCUACAUCAGCCAAGCCCUCAUAUUUCACCAGGUAAGGAAGUACCUGUUGCUGCUAGAUGUCCGGAAGGAGCACGUCAAAUUCUGGAGGCCCCAGAUCUUGCUCAUGGUGGCCAAUCCACGCACGAGUGCCCAGCUCAUCACCUUCAUCAAUGACUUGAAGAAAGGGGGCCUAUUUGUGCUGGGUCAUGUGGAGAUUGGAGACCUCGACACCCUGCCAUCUGACCCCAUCCACCCUCAGUACAACUUCUGGCUCAGCCUCGUGGACAAGUUGAAUGUAAAGGCCUUUGUGGAUCUGACACUCUCACCCUCUGUGCGUCAGGGGGUGCAGCACCUGCUGAGAAUAACCGGACUUGGUGGGAUGAAGCCCAACACUCUGGUCCUUGGGUUCUAUGACCACUGUGUGCCUGAUGACUACUUCCUGUGCGACCCAGCCUUCCAAGAUACCAAGGAGAAUGACCACUUUGGCGUGGACAUUGCCUCCCUGCAGGCUCACUUCCCACCUGUACGUGGCAGCGAGACCAGCAAGAGCCUGACGGAGGUGGAGUACGUUGCCAUCAUCUCGGACGCCCUCAAGAUGCAGAAGAACAUCUGCCUGGCCCGCUAUUUCUUCACCAUGAAUAAGAAGGACCUGUUCGCCAAGAAGAGGUCGGAAAGAGUGUCCAUCGACGUUUGGCCCCUCAAUCUCCUGACGCCCGAUAGCACCAACUACGUAGACGUCUGCAGCCUCUUCCUGCUGCAGAUGGCUUGCGUCCUGACCAUGGUGGCCUCGUGGAAGGGGGCGCGUCUCCGCAUCUUCCUCUGCAUCGAGUCGGGUGAUGAGAGUUGGGUCAAGAAGGAGGAGAAGCUCCGGGAGCUCCUGGACAAGCUGCGCAUCAAGGCCACCAUCAAGAUUGUCACUUGGGAUGGGGUGGUGGCCCUCCACUGGCGCCAGCAGCUCUCCAGCGAGGAGCAGGAGGAGGCCUCGCGCACCGGCCGAGACUCGGCCCUCGUCUCCGAUGACUACCUCCGGGCUGCCAACCGCAUGGUGCUGGAGCAGGGCUUCCACACAGCUGUGCGGUUCCUCUACCUACCCCGGCCCCCUGCCGACACCUCCCGCUCCCAGCGUUACCUGCAGCAGUUGGACAUCCUGACUGAAGACCUGGGGCCAACACUUCUGAUCCACGGACUCACUCCAGUCACAUGCACUGACCUGUAGAGCAAACUUGAGGGGGGGUUUAAAUGGGAAAGGAUUUGCCAAAGUGGGGCACACAAACUACUUGAACACUGGCAGCGUUUCCCAAAACCAAUGUGCAUUGCAGAGACACAUCUUAGACAUUUAAAAUGAGUGCUUGCAUUUACUAUUAUUUAUAUUUAAAGAAUUUGGACAACAUUGUGUAACUUGCAUUUAAAAGGGUCUUUUGGAGGGUGGGUGGUUCUAACUUAUUAAAAUGGUUAUGUAAUGUU